CAAAACACUGUCAACAUUAGUCUUGGUUUCAUUUCUAAACCGAUUUGAACUGUUGGACCAAAAAUGACGGAACAACAGCACGAAGAAAAACGCUACGAUCCCAAUGACACAACGCUGAAGUUUGUAACGCGCCAGGAUGACAUAACCGGGGAUGAUGACCCUGAGACUCGUCGUGCUGAGAUGUCAUGUGGCCAUGCUGUCACUCCACAGUCACUGACUGGGUGGUGUCGAAGUCUACUUGACCAGGGUCAGCACAAGUUUUUGUGCCCUGCACUUAAAGAUGACACAGUGCAAAGAUGCAAUGCAGAAUGGCCCUAUGUGGAGGUGCGGAGGUUGGCUGUGCUGACACAAGAGGAACAGAGCCAUUUUGAAGAGACAAUGGCUGUGCUGGCUGCAGCUGAGUACUGCGAACACAAAACAUGUCCUGGCUGUCAAACAUUUGUUGAGAGAGCAGACAUUACCAACCUCUGUGCCAUUUGCACAAUCUGCACGGCUGAGAUGGGUCGGACAUAUCAGUUCUGCUGGCAGUGUAUGAGAGAGUGGGAAGGUCCAGGCCCUCGAUCUGACCGCUGUGACAACCCUGGCUGCACCAAUCCAGACAUCGAAAAGCUGGCAAAAUGUCGUAACAUAACACUACCUGAAGUUAAUAAUGUGAGUUGUCCCUCCAUGCGGGCUUGCCCCACUUGUGGCAAUCUUGUGGAGCACGACACAACAGGGUGCAAGAAUAUCAUAUGUAAUCGUUGCAGGGUUGAAUUCUGCUUCGUCUGCCUGAAAGUCACUCAAACGUGUUUACAAACAAGCAGUUAUUACAUUGGCUGUUCAGCUGGGGUCGCGCCACGGCAGACUUCCAUUCCUAUCUGGAAUAGAAGUGAAAGCAAUUGAAGAAGCCAAGCAAAAUGACACGUUAAAGGCUAUAUUAAAAUGUAGUUGCCUUGUGUGGAAUAAAUAAGCUAUGCAAAAAUCAAAUAGUAAUCAAAUGUAAGGUGAAGGCUUUUUGUGUAGAUUUUUGUCCCUUGCUCUUGUUCUCUAAAUAAAAUGGAUUG